CAGCGAUUUUUGUGACGUAGGAGAUAAGGUGGCGCAGCAGUUGGCGAUAAACACGAAAACAAAACAAAUACAAUUUAAGCCAUUGCAGUGGAAUGUAAUACACAACAAGUAUUAAUUCUUUUACCACUAGUUCCCACUGGCCGAAUCCUAAGAUGCAAUGGAUAUAACGCUGGAGAAAAAGCUGCAGGGAUUUCAACUGGUGGCCCAGGAAAAGCUACAGGCCAUUCUGUGCUCCAUCCCCGGGAAGAAGGAGCUGAUUCUGGAGCCAGCCCUGAUCAAGCCCCUGGAACAUGUCUGCACUGCGUCCUGGUUAAAAUUGAAGGGAAUCCAGAGAAUCUACAAACAUGACGCUGCCCAGAGUAUGCCCCGAGCGGCGGACCAGGUGCACAUCUACAUGAUCCGCAGUUUCUUGGCCACAUUCACCACCCUGCUGCAGCAACUGCAGCCUCUGGCUCUGGCGGAGAUGCCGGACAUCUCCAUGAAGAUGUAUCAUAUAGUGUGCGUUCCCAGUUGCUACUCCUACUUUCAGACCCUCUUGGAACAGAUGGGUCUCUGGGGUCUGGUCCAACUGCAUCACUACAACUGGGACUUCAUCUACUUCGAUCAGGGAGUGCUGAGUCUGGAGUUACCGAACCUGUACGAGAGCGUCUAUUUGCAAGGAAACACCUCGCCUCUGCCGCCUGUGGCGCAAAGUCUGAGGCUGCUGCAAAUGGUGUGUGGCCAUCCAUCCGUGGUUCUUUCGUAUGGACACCACUCGGCGCAGUUAGUGGAGAUGAUUCAGGCGCUGGGAAAACUGCCAGACCCCACCAACUCUGCGGAAUACGGCGCCUGGCUCAUCAUCGACAGGGACAAGGACUACCCCGCUAGUUUGCUAACACCAGCUAUUUAUGCCGGCCUACUGCUGGAAGUCUUCCAGCAACGAUCUGGGGAAAUACUAGUGGACAACUCUAAAAACAAGAUCAGUACCCAGCGCGUGGAGUUGCUUCAGGGAAGGAGUCAGAUGAAAGGUUCGGCCCAGUCCCCGAAACCCUGCUCCAUUCGCCUGAACUCAACUGCCGAUGAGAUUUACGGCGACAAUCGGUACAAGCACUUUGCUCAAGUGAGCAGCCUAAUUCGCGCACAAGUCAAGGCUUUGGGCUUAGAGCUCCAGAAGCUAAACGACAUGCAGCUGGAGGAGAUGCACGACUACGUGGCCAGGAAGCUGCCGAAACUCACCGAACUAAAAUCAAAAGUACUCAGACAUUUAAAUGCGAGUGAGAUUGUGAUAAAAAUGAUGGGAAACUUUCGCAAGCUGCAAACUCUGGAAGAGGACAUUCUCAAUAACGUGUCCAGAAAGAAAUUGUUGGGCGAGAUUGAUGAACUGCUCACCACUGAUGGCCAACGGUUCAAUACCCUCCGUCUACUGUGCCUUCUUCACCAUUGUGUCGGAGUGGCGCCAGAAGAACUUCAGAUGUUUGCCAGGAACUACUGCAAUCUGGUUGGCCAUCAGGAAUUGAGUGUAUUCCAGCGACUGGGCCAGGCAGGACUGUUGCCUCCUCUUUUGCCUGAGAAGAAAGCACCAACGAAGCUGCUCUCCAACCUGCCGCUGCCCAAAUUCCAGCAAACGGAGUUUCAAGCCAACGCUAAUCGCUUACGGCUCCUUACAUCUUUUGGCGACGGUCAGGAUGGCGGGGGGUCUUCCAAAAAUCAGGCUUCCAACACGCAAUCCUGUCCCAGUUUCGUCUUUAACGGCACCUACAUCCCUCUGGCGGCGCAGCUUUGUUCGAUUCUUUUAAAAAGUAGCAACGCGGAUGAAGUUUCUUCAAAGUUGACCAUGAUUGAAGGACUCACCGUACACCUGGACAGCGGGAAGACUUCUCCAAAGGCCUAUGCCACCCAACUGAAGACUACAAAUUGUACUCAUCAGGAUGUUUUCCCCCUAAAACUUCGGAAUCUCUUUAUCUUCAUUGUGGGGGGUGCCAGUUACGCGGAGAUCGCUGCCUGCGACUUUGUGGCUAAGCUGACGGGAGCGCAGAUUACGGUGGCGUCCGAUUCCCUAAUGGCCGGCAGUGAUUUUAUUGCCGCCGCUUUCAAUAACUGACCAAUAACUAAUAACGAGUACCCGCAGAUAUAUUUGCAAAAUGCCUUAUAUAUUGUAUAUUUUUGUAAAAACCUCAAAUUCAAACAUUUUUAUAAUUGAUAUUAAACGAUCUAAUCAAUGUUGCCCUCAAA